UUUAUUUUAUGAGAGAGGUUUUUAGGUUUAAAAAAAUGAAGUAAUAUUAUGAGAGACUUUGGAAAAACACAAAGCGGACAGCCCGGCAGAGAAGGCUAGCGAUUCUAGCCAGGCAACGAGUAGUUGACUUGAACGUAUAAAGGAUGCAUAAUUAGCAAAAACAAAGAGGAAGGAAGGCUAGCCAAUCCAGAUUCCAGUUCAUAAAUCAUAAUCCUAGACGAGACAUCGACCACAAGUAAGUAAGAAUGAAUAAGUCACCGGUCGGCGGCGAAGGAGGAGGAGGAGUCUUCCAUGACCCUGAAGUUGACGGCAACGGCAAGGCCAAUACUAUUAUCAAUAAUACAACUAGUAGUAUUGAUCAGAAUACGAAAGCAAUAAUAUCCAGCGGCGGGAUUGGGAGUGGGAGUGGGUUGGUGACGAAGAAGAAGAAGAAUAUUGUGCGGAUGACACUGCUGUUUGUGGGGAUGACUGUGGCUUGCUUUAUUUUCUACAAUUCUGUCUUUCCUUCCAGAUUUCUCCCCAUAUCCUUGUAUGACUACACCGGAACCACAUCUUCUCAGGGCAACGACCAUCUAUUGGAUGCGGUUCUGAAAAAUGCAUCCAUGAAGGACAGAACCAUUCUGGUAACUACAUUAAACGAUGCUUGGGCUGAACCCAAUUCCAUAUUUGAUCUGUUUCUGGAGAGCUUUCACAUCGGAAGCAACACAAAAUGGCUGCUCAACCAUCUGGUUGUGAUCUGCUUGGACCAGAAAGCAUAUGCUCUUUGCUUAGCCUUGCACCCUCACUGUUACGAGCUCUACACUGAAGGUGCCAACUUCACCAGCGAGGCAUCUUUCAUGUCUUCCGACUACUUGCAAAUGAUGUGGAGACGGAUCAAAUUUAUGUCCAAAAUUCUCGACAAGGGCUACAACUUUGUCUUUACGGACACUGAUAUCAUGUGGCUCCGGAAUCCCUUCCCACAAUUCUAUCCGGAUGCGGAUUUUCAAAUCGCAUGUGAUUUCUUCGUGGGUGAUUCUUACAGCAUAAAGAAUUUUCCCAACGGAGGAUUUACCUAUGUCAAGUCCAAUGAGCGCACAAUUUGGUUCUAUAAGUUUUGGUACUUCUCCAGAAAGGCGUAUCCAGAGAUGCAUGACCAGGACGUACUAAACAAGAUCAAAUCCGAUCGCUCGAUUUCCCAAAUUGGAUUGAAAAUGAGGUUCUUGGAUACCCAAUACUUCGGUGGCUUCUGUCAGCCCAGUAAGGAUUUUAACAAAGUUUGUACCAUGCAUGCGAAUUGCUGUGUUGGUCUCGAUAACAAAGUCAAUGAUCUUAGAAUUUUGCUUCAAGUUUGGAGAAAGUUCAUGGCAUUGCCUCCCAACGCCGCCGCCACGGCACAGACUUCAUGGACCGUUCCACAAAAUUGCAGUACUUCCUUCCAACGCCUUGGAAAGCACUCGUGACAAGAGAAGGGAAUAUUGACGAAAUUCUUACGAUGUGUAGAGCUUUGUAACAUAUAAUUUACAGGUAGAAGAAAAGGAUUGCUUUGUCAAGUCCCUCUCCCAUCCAUGCCACCUGUGGAAAUGGCACCUUGCUCAUCAAUCAAUCACGUCAUUUUACAACUUUUUUGGUUGUAUGUUUGUUUUAUUUUGUUUGGCGGAAAACAAUGAAAACAAACUAAUACAUAAGGAUUUAUUCCAGUUGUUUUAGACAAUAUUAGUUUUAUUUUAUUUUAAGGAAGACAAUAUUAGUAUUUUAAAUCA